CCCGCCGUGUUGUGCCGGCCAGUCGUGCGAGCGCAGUGUGCAGCAGUCACGUUUCGCGGGUUAUAUUGUGUGCUAUCACCGGGAUUUGAACCCCGGACCUGCGGGUGUGUUUUAGUGUUGUUUCGCUUCACCCUGAACCGCGGCUGGAGCGUUGACGCGCGCUGACGUGGCGCGGGCACCUGGAUACGCCCCGCCACGCCCACCAGGGGGUGCCACCCACCCCGACCCACCCCGACCCGCCCCACCAACGCUCUCUCUCGCCGGACCCAUGUCCCGACCUACGGCGAGAGCAUGGAGCAGCCCUCACCGACGUACUGGGACGACGCCGCCCACCCCAGGCACAGCCCCGGGCCGGGGCCCCCUGCCCGCCACCACCAGCACCAUGACAGCAGGCAGGUUUCGUGGCUAACUCCGCAACCAGAGCAUGGCCACGCCGUCCACGUGCCCGUGGGGCCCAGCUCCGAGGCCGGCGGCCGCCUGCCCGAGGACCAGAGCAUUUUCCACUACUGCGAGGGGAACCUCAACUUCUCCACGGCGCACAGCGAGGACGAUGAGUACUUCCACAAGCGGAAGUUGUCACGGGACCCCAUGUCGCACCGCAUCAUCGAGAAGCGGCGGCGCGACCGGAUGAACAACUGCCUGGCCGACCUGUCGCGGCUCAUCCCCGCCGAGUACCUGAAGAAGGGCCGCGGCCGCGUCGAGAAGACUGAGAUCAUCGAGAUGGCCAUCAAGCACAUGCAGUACCUGCAGAGCAGGGCCAACCUCGCCGCCGGCAUUGACUGCGUCGCGGCCCCGCACCUCCCCGGCGACCUCCGAGUCACCAAGUGCGAGCAGUCCCCCGGGUCGGACCGCGACGUGACGCCGCUGUCCGAGGCCCCCGCCACCCCGCCUCCCAACGGGCUCGGCGCCGAUCCCACGGGUGCCAUCCGGCCCGUGGUCAGGCCCAUCGUCACGGAGCACUACCGCCUCGGCUACCAGGAGUGCCUGUCCGAGGCCAUGCACUUCCUGGUCGAGGUGGAGGGCUACUUCGCAGGCGACUCGCUGUGCGUCAAGCUCAUCAGCCACCUGCAGAAACACUGCGAUAAGAUUGUUAAAGGCGACCGACUCAACUUCCCGCGGACUCGGCAGCCGGGCGAGACGACCUCGUCGUCGGGGAGCUCCAGCAGCUACGGCGCGGCGGGCGGCAGCGCCAGCGCCUCCAAGCAGGGCCAGUGCGCGUCGCAGACCUCUCAGACGUCGCAGAGCUCGGGCACCGAGGAGUCGUCGGCCAGCCACGCAGCCGCUCACACGCAGGCCAGCCAGGCCAGCCACCCCCGCGGCGCGGCGUCCAGCCAGCUCAGGGACAUGCUGUGCGCGUCGCCGCCCUCGCCGUCCGCGUCGCAGCCAUCGUACCAUGUGGACGCCAUGGGCCACCACGGGCACCACGGCCUGCCGCAGCACUACGAGACCUGCACGGAGCGGUGCGGCGAGCGGUGCGGCGACGACGACGGCCCCGAGGCGCCUCGCCGCGACGCGCACAGCCCGCACCACCCCUACGUGGACGCGCACAGCGCGCAUAGCCCGCACCCCGACGCCAUGGGGCACCACCACAGCUACAAAUUCAAGAACAACAUCAAGCAGCGCUUCUGCGAGGAGCACAGCAACGUCGGCGGCCACAAGCGGCGGCGCACCGUAACCCGCAGCCCGCCGCCGUCGCCGUCCGCCACGCCGACGCCCUCCCAACCCUCGCAGCACGCCGCGUCCUCGCACCAGACGCAGGCCAGCGUGCCCAUAUUCGUGCUGCACACCAAGGGCUCCUUCUACAUCCCCCUCACCGUGUCCUGCGAGGCGCUGGCGCCCUACCUGGACGUGGACCUGUUGUCGGACACCGCCAGCUCGCACACCAACUCGGGGCCCAUGGCGCUGGGCCUCGUGUCCUCGGCGACGCCGUCCGGCAUGGUCCUGCACCCCGUCACCAUCUCAGUCAACUUCCAGCAGUACUGGAAGCCGUCCCCGCAGACGCCACAUUGCCAUCCGCACGCGCCCGUGGCCGCUCUGCCGCCCCCGCCGCCCCCGGCCGCAGCGGCACAGGCGCUCGCGCUGCCCCCGCAGACGAGCCACAUCCCCAACCCGGCGCACGCCUGGUCGCGGCACGGCCACGGCCACGGUGCCGCGGACGCCGCCGUGCCCGCCGUCGCCUUUUACCCCUCGCCCUCGUCGCCGUGGGAGAUGUGCGCAGGACGCACGUAAUCUUCUCAUUAUGUCCAUUCUCCGCUUUCGACUAAAACUGAUACUUGGACAUGACUUGGGGGGGUGCUGAGAACACGAUCUUGUUCAAUAAUUAGCUAUUUUGCGUCAUGCCCCAAGCUGGAAUUGGGAUUUCAAGUUGGACUUCUGUUUAAAAAAUAAUGCCGAUUGACUCGGCAUAAAACUUAAAAAUUUCCAGAUUCAAAUCAUAGUUGGACGAGAGUGCUGAAUAAGGCAAUGAGGUCACUACUUGUUUAUGAUAUGCGCUUCAUUAAGACUGAAAGGUAAACCUGUUUGUAUUUAUUCUUAAUCGUACAGUAAACCUAUUUUUGGAAGUGGGAAGUUUACUUCUAAUUUCAUUUCUUCUUAGGUAGAAACCAAUUUAGUUGCUUUCCAAGAUCCCUUUUGAAAAAUACUCAAACCACAACUACUCUUGAACUGGAAAUUACAAAAAUAAAUUUUGACCAAUAUCUCAGACUUAUGCUAAUUAGCCGUUUUCUUGUAAUAAAUUAGUAGAGUUUACAUCAAAUCUUCAUGCAUUAGACGAGCUUCCAUAGAGACUUUGAACAAGAAAAAGGUUUGUCACUACCAGUAACCACUGUACUGUAAUGUGUGUAUGAAUGAGCAGUUUACUUUGACAAACAGGAAAAGAUUCAAAAUAUGUGCACCCUAAUCCUGUCAGUCUCACUCGCGAAAAUAAUAGUAUGCCAACAUACUCCUAGUGCUGACCUCAAAACAAUAGCGGAAGAGAAGACCUCAAUUCCUACAUCCAAAAAAUGAUAUUAUUUUUCCCUUGAGGGGAGUCAAGCCGUAGCGGCUUCGGCUUUCAAAUCAUUCCAUUCUCAAUAUGCAUUACUGAGUUGUGAAUAAGGUAUAGUUUUAAAGGCUGUAACUUAAUGUUACAAAAUUGUGGCUGUGAUAACAGUGACUUACUAAGCAUGGUCCACUUGUACCAUCCACCUGGUCAUGACCGUCAAGCCCUCCAUCACAUUUGAUUAUUGUUACAAAUGUGAAGUCUGGAAGGAAUGAGCAGCUUGUGACUGUACAGUAUCGACAGAGGUGAUUCAAUCAUCACAUUGUAUUAAAUGUGAAAGUAUAAUAUUAUUAAUUAAAACUUAGAUGCCAUAUA